CUCCGACCCUGUGAUGCCAUGUAUCCGGCUCGGAGGCUUGCUCCCUCUCGUCGAGUUCCACUCUCUCAUCGCGGGGUAUGCAAGCGCUCGGCGCGCAGCGCGGAGCGCCCCCUCUCCAAGCCAGGGGAGAACCCCACGGGCCAAGGCUGGGUUCGGGCCAUGUUCGGCGGCACCUCCGCAUCACCUCCUCCCUCAUAAAUAAGCCAGAGGGUCGGUGUCCGAGGCCACACCAACGCGCAACGCACCCACAAUGUCAUCGACCUACCCCGUGCUCACCGAGCGCGUGAACCAUCCCCUCCUCCCCGCAAUCACGGACCGCCGCCUAGGCCUCUUCGUAGGCGGGCACUAUGCCGCACAUAACCUGUCCGCAGCGCUCGACCGCGCGCGCCUGCGCGGCGGGGACGCGGUGCGCAUGACGCUGUGGUCCGCGCCAGGCCAGAGCAAGCCGACGUUUGACGAGGCCGUCGCGCAGCUCGCUUUGUCGAGUAGGGAGCUACACGUCGGCGAUGAGCUCGGGCCGAGCUGGACGAACCACUGGGUCCGGGUCGACCUGGCCAUCCCGGAGUCGUUCCGCGACUCUGGCGAGCCAGUGAUCUUCGAGUUCGACCCAAAUUGCGAGGCGCUCAUCUACAACCUCGACGGCCACCCCCUGCACGGCAUCUCGGGCGGGCCAAACUCCAUGAAGGACGGCCAGCCCGGCACGGCCGAGGACCGGCGGGUCGACCACAUCGUGCCGCGCGAGGCUGUCGCCGCGGGGCACUACUCGUUCUACGUCGAGCUGUCGAUCAACGCCAUGUUCGGGCUCGGGCUCAACGGCUUCCGGCACCAGCAGCCGGACAUGAACGUCCACUUCCGCAUCGACUCCGCAGACAUCGUCCUGGCCCGCUCCGAGGCCCGCUCGCUGUACAUCGACUUCAAGGUACUCACGCAGAUGGCCCGUGGGCCCGGCACGGCGACAUCGAGCCUACAAAGACAGGCGCUGCGGGCCGCCAACGACAUCAUGAACGUGUUCAAGAUUGCCGAGGGCCGCGAGAACGACGACGAGCUGGACCGCGUCGUCGCGCAGUGCCGCGCUAUUGCGGCCGGCGUCAUUGGGCGCCCUAAUGACGAGGAGCUGGUUAAGGAUACUGCGCGGGUUGGUGACGACGCGCAGCUCUGGGGCAUUGGACAUUGUCACAUCGACACGGCCUGGCUAUGGCGCUACACCCAAACCCAGCAGAAGAUCGGCCGCUCCUGGUCGUCGCAAGUGGACCUGAUGAACCGGUACCCCGAGCACCAGUUCGCCGCGUCGUCUGCACAGCAGUUUGUCUGGCUGAAAGAGUACUACCCGAGCCUCUUCGACGCAGUCAAAGGCAAAGUCAAGGCGGGCCAGUUCCACCCCGUCGGCGGCUCGUGGCUCGAGCACGACUGCAUGAUCCCCUCGGGCGAGAGCCUGUGCCGCCAGUACCUCUACGGUCAGCGGUACUUUACCCGCGAGUUUGGCGUGCGCGCGCGCGAGGCGUGGCUGCCUGAUACGUUUGGGUACGCGAGCCAGCUGCCGCAGAUCCUACGGCUCGCGGGCAUCGACUACUUCUUCACCCAGAAGCUCUGCUGGAACCAGAUGAACCCGUUCCCGUACAGCACGUUCAACUGGGCCGCGCUCGACGGCACGCAGGUGCUGGCGCACAUGACGCCGGUGGACAACUACAACGCGCAGGUGGACUACGACGAGAUUGUCAAAGGCGCGAGCACGAACAAGAACCUCGGCGUCACAAACCAGUGCCUCAUGCUCUUUGGGAACGGCGACGGCGGUGGCGGCCCAACAGCGCUCAUGCUCGAGAAGAUGCGCCGCGACAAGGCUAUCGCGGCGCGACACCGCGAGAUGCCGAGCAUCAAGAUGGGCCGCGUGCUCGACUUCUUCGAGACGAUCCGGCACAAGACGGAUAACGGCGCGCUCCUGCCCACCUGGCGCGGCGAGCUCUACUUUGAGCUCCAUCGCGGCACUUACACGUCGCAAGCGGGCAUCAAGCGCGGCAACAGGGUCAUGGAGCGGCUGCUCCGCGACACAGAGUACUACGCGAGCCUGGCGUCGAUCCACGCCGCAGAAGAGGGCUACGCCUACCCCCGUGCCGCGCUCGACGCGAUCUGGAAAGACGUGCUGCUCAACCAGUUCCACGACGUGCUGCCUGGCACGUCGAUCGCCAUGGCCAACGAGGACGCGAUGGAGAUCUACGCGCGUCGGGAGGCGGAGGUACGCGCGCUGCUUGACGCCGCGCUCGGCGCACUCGUGCCCCAGUCGGCCGCGAUGAACGGCGUCGCGCCGGCCAGCUCUGCCGCCGACAUACUCGUGCUCGACCCAACGAGGCUCGCACGCACAGAGGUGGUCCACCUCAGCGCGGGCGUCGUCGACCUGCUCGACGUCCCGAGCCAGGUGUUGUCUGACGGCUCGGCGCUGGCGUUCGCGCGCACGGCUGACACGGGUGUCGGUGGCCUUGUCGCUGUCGACAGCAUCCCGCCCGCCGCGACGGCCCACGGCAGCGGCGCGUACACCCUCUCCAAUGCCGACUUUUCGCUCACGAUCACCAACGGCCGCAUCGCGAGCCUGCGCGACGUCCAGCUCGACCGCGAGCUCAUCCUCCCCUCUGCGCGCGCGUCGUCCGGCGGGCUGAUGCUGUACGAGGACCUCCCGCCGGCCUAUGACGCGUGGGACGUCGAGAUCUACCACCUCGACGCGGCGACCGAGCUGGUCCUCAACCACGUCGAGGUUAUCGAGAGCGGGCCGCUGCGCGCGAGCCUCAAGGCCACGGCGAGCGUUGGGAAGAGCGUGGUCGCGCUGACGUUCUCGCUCGACGCCACGCUACCCGGCGCGUCGUCGCGCUCGACUAUCCGUGUCGACGUCGACGCCGACUGGCGCGAGCGGCACAAGUUCCUCAAGUUCGCGCUCCCUGUCGACAUCCACGCCCCGAACGCGACCUACGGCAACCAGUUCGGGCUCGUCGAGCGCCCGACGCACCGCAACACGUCGGACGCACAGGCCAAGUUUGAGGUCUGCGGGCACAUGUUUGCCGACCUCAGCGAACCGGGGUAUGGGGUCACCUUUGCCGCGGACUGGAAGUACGGGUACGCCGUCGAAGGGAGCGUCAUGCGCCUGUCGCUGCUGCGCUCGUGUACGGCCCCCGACCCCGAGCAGGACCAGGGGCACCAUGCGUUCAGCUUUGGUAUCAUGCCCCACACUGCGCGGUUCCAGGAGUCGGGGGCGUACAAGCAGGCGAUGCGCUUCGUCAACGACGUCUACGUGCGGACUACGACGGGCGCCGCACCGUCCCUCGCAGCCGCGAGCUCGUUUGCGGUCGUCGGGCCAAACGCCGACAGCAUCAUCCUCGAGGCGAUCAAGCGUGGCGAGGACGACGACGAGCGGGGCGCCAAGACGCUCGUGUUGCGCCUGUUUGAGAGCCAGGGCGGGCGCGCGCGCGGGACGCUCGAGCUCACUGGCCUCCGCGUGGCCAAGCUGCAGUGGGUCAACAUCCUCGAGGAGCCGCUCGGUCCAGAGGUGGUGACCUCCGCCUCGGAUGCGGGGAGCACCCGCGUGGAGCUCGACUUUAGGGCGUUUGAGAUCAAGACGCUUCACGUUUACCUCGAUUAGGAGAAGCGUAACGAGAACAGAAAGCCUCGGAGCAGCAACACCACCACUCGUUUAUAGACGGACCAAUGCAAUUGGAUAGGCGCAUG